AUGAUAUCUUUGGAGGACAUGUCUAGUUUAUCGGACGAACUAGCAGAUCAAGCAUCCUGUUAUGGUUUGCCAUAUGGAAUCCUUGGAAUAGUCUGCUGGUCUCUGUUUUUUAUUUGCAUCAUUUUUACACAUUUGAAUGUUCCUCUGUUUUCACCAUGGCGUUGGUGUGAUGGAGAUUACCAAGCACAAACAUGGGGCAUGGCAAUUUUUACAGCUUUUUUAACAAUAGGACCAGCCGUCUAUACAUGCUUCCGUUGCGGUGGAACAUGGAUAAUGCUACUUAUGACACUUGCGCAACUUACUCCAUGGAGUUUCAAAAUAAUGAAUGAUGGAUUUAAAUGUUACCAAACAUCACUAAUAAAAUUUUAUAAAUGGUUUGGUUGUUGCAUGACAGUUUUUCUAUCGCUUGCUGGUUGGACGAGUUUAAUAUGUUUAACUAUUGGACUAUAUAUCACAGAAGAAAUAUUUAUAUACUGGAUAUAUGCAAUAUAUGUAGUGGCAUUGUUAGCAAUAAUAAUAAUGAUAACGGCACUUUGCAAAAGCCUGGAUCAGCUUUGUCUCAAUAUCAUGAUGGCAUAUAUUGCGUCAACUACACACUUGAUAGGAUUUCAUGUAAUAUUAGCUCAAAUUUCUGGUAAUUGGUCUGGGAUCGCCCCUGCAGGAGCUGGGCUAAUAUCAUCAAUUAUUUUCUUAGUCGGAAAACGUUUGUCAUUUAUACAAUAA